GGACAGAGUGGCGCAUCUUACCGUCUCUUGGCCCACUGUGCAGCUCAGAUCCCUAACCCUACUGCACGAAAAACUACUAUCUGACCAGAACAUCCGGGAUUGGUUGAGUGGUUACCGUGACGAUUAAACAGGUUGUUAGCUGUGGAAAAGGUGGCUGGAGGUGCACGAUGAUGGUCAGGGCUGGCGGUAUUUUGAAGUUGGCAGCGCUCGUCUUUGCCUUCCUCCUUGCUGUCUUUCUGACUUUUCAGCUGCUGGAGAUAAACAUGGAUUUUAAGAUGGGCAGUGUGUUGUCCAGAUCUUUGCCAGUGAAUGAAGGCUCAACAAAGCCAGUCAGGUUCAAGUGUGGGCUGUCCAAGCCAUGUCCUCUCGGACACUUCGCCUUCAAGAUGGCGAGUGGAGCGGCCAGUGUGGUGGGGCCCAGAAUCUGCCUGGAGGACAAACUACUAAUGAGCGGCGUAAAGAACAACGUGGGGAGAGGAAUCAACAUCGCCCUGGUUAAUGGCAGAACAGGGGAAAUUAUCAAGACAGAUAUGUUUGAUAUGUGGGGAGGAGAUGUAGCUCCCAUGAUUAAAUUCCUGAAGGAAAUUGAAGAAGGCACAGUCGUGAUGAUGGCCUCGUUUGAUGAUCCCUCAACAAAGCUCAAUGAUGAAGCCAGGAAGCUAAUUUCUGAUCUUGGCAGCACAGCUAUCAAUAAUUUGGGCUUCAGGGAUAACUGGAUCUUUGUAGGAGGGAAAGGCAUCAAGACCAAGAGUCCAUUUGAGCAGCAUAUAAAGAACAGCGCGGACACCAACAAAUUCGAGGGAUGGCCCGAAGUGCUGGAGAUGGAGGGCUGCGUGCCUCAGAGGCAGGACUGAUCGGAGCUCUCGUCCGCCUUGUCCUCCUGACAUUCCUGUCCUUGUGAGACCCCUUAGUGGUGACACUUCUCCGGGCUGAGAAGGGUCAUUUUACAGCUGCCCCCCCCCCCCCCCCCCCCAAGCCGUUUGUUCAGAUUUCCCAACCAGAACAUCUCAGCUGAAGAUAUUAGCGGGAAAGAGGAGCUGGCGUGAAACUUCAUCCCCGGGCCGGAAAGUGAAGCUCGCGCCUCUCGCUCUGUUUGGAUCCCAUUAUGUAGAUGCUUACUGGGGCUUGCAAUUGGAAUGAAGUAGGUAGAGUGCACUGAUUAGAAGGGACUUACCUUUGAUUAUUGGCAUACUAUCACGCUCUAUCUGUAAGGGCCACAGACGUAGCUGUGAUAGUGUUGCAUUGUUGCACUGUUGCUGAUGGAAGUGGAUGUCAUAGCCCAGUUUUUUUUGGGGGCUAAAUUUCCAUAAGCCGUUACCUGCCUUAACCUCCAUAACCUAGUCAUUUUUUUUAACUUUUCCUAUGGCUUUAUGAUAACGUUUGUUCCUCUCAGAGUUAAUUUUGAUGAAAUGAUUAUUAACAGGGUUUUGAGGACAUUUCCUUUCAUGAUAUUAUAACCAAAUGUACCACAUCCACUGUGAAAUUUGUAAAUAUGUGUUUAGAGGAGGGUCCACAUUUGAAAAGUCCUAAUUUAAUGAACAUUGUAAUAAUAAUAUAAUUUCUUAAAAUAAAUGAGUGAGAAUGAGAACAGUAAGUGUGUGGAUUAAACAUGUUUU